UCUGCAAAUCGCAAAUGUAGUAGCAGUGCUUGGACAGUGCAAACUGAAUUGCAAUGACCCACCCUCAGACUCACUUGAUUUUGGAGAACUAUAUCGGUGGCCGGUUUCUGCCAUAUUCCUCAUAUCUAGAUUCUUACGACCCAUCUAUUGGUGAAGUAUAUUGCAAAGUACCCGAUAGCGGCAGGGAAGAGGUGGAAGCUGCUGUCAAAGCUGCCCAAAAUGCUUUCCCAGGAUGGUCUGCCAAAAGUCCACAGGAAAGGUCAAAAAUAAUGAGCAAGUUAGCAGACCUUAUUGAAGAAAAUCUGGAGUCAUUUGCGCAAGCAGAAUCAAAAGAUCAAGGAAAAACCAUUUCUUUUGCCAGAACAGUGGACAUACCCCGAGCAGUAUAUAAUUUUCGCUUUUUUUCAUCAUCUAUCCUUCAUAAGACAACAGAAUGUACACAGAUGGAUCACAUGGGCUGCAUGCACUAUACUGAAAGGUCACCAGUGGGAAUUGCUGGAUUAAUUAGUCCUUGGAAUUUGCCACUUUAUUUACUGACAUGGAAAAUUGCCCCUGCUGUCAUGUGUGGAAAUACUGUAAUUGCCAAACCAAGUGAAAUGACAUCUGUCACAGCCUGGAUGAUGUGCAAACUUCUGAAUAAAGCAGGUUUUCCUCCGGGUGUGAUAAAUGUCGUGUUUGGAAGUGGGCCCAAAGCUGGAGAUGCUCUUGUUUCCCAUCCGGCGGUAUCUCUGAUUUCCUUCACUGGGAGCACACUCACUGGCCAACAAAUCAUCCAAAGGUCUGCUUUGUACUGUAAGAAACUUUCCUUGGAGCUAGGAGGCAAAAACCCAGCUAUCAUUUUUGAGGAUGCCAACUUGGAUCAAUGUAUUCCUGCCACUGUAAAGUCCAGUUUUGCUAACCAGGGUGAAAUAUGCCUAUGUACCAGCAGAAUCUUUGUUCAGAAGAGCAUUUCUAAAGAAUUCUUGAAAAGGUUUGUGGAAACUGUUAAAAAAUGGAAAGUUGGAAAUCCUUCAGAUCCCAAAACUGAUAUGGGGGCAUUGAUAAGUAAAGAUCAUUUAGCAAAGGUGAAGAAAUAUAUCCAGCAGGCUCGGGCAGAAGGGGCCACGAUUCUUUGUGGAGAGGGAAUAGAUUCAUUGGAUCUUCCUCCAAGAAACCAAAAUGGCUAUUUCUUGCUUCCCACAGUUAUCACAGACAUUGAUGAUGAUUCUUGUUGCAUCCAGGAUGAGAUAUUUGGUCCUGUAGCUUGUGUAAUGGUGUUUGACACAGAAGAGGAAGUGAUUAGGAGAGCCAAUGGAGUCAAAUAUGGCCUGGCAGCCACGGUCUGGUCAAACAAUGUAGGCCGGAUUCAUCGUGUUGCUAAAAGACUCCAGUCUGGAUUGGUGUGGACCAAUUGUUGGCUUAUCAGAGAUCUGAAUUUGCCCUUUGGGGGAAUGAAAGCCUCUGGGAUAGGUAGAGAGGGAGCUAAGGAUUCGUAUGAAUUUUUCACUGAGGUGAAAACAGUUACCAUAAAAUAUACUGAAACCAACUAAUAGGAAGUAAUUAGUGCCAUAGGUCUCUGUGUGUUGCCUUGUCUCUCUUGAUAUAUUGAGAAAAAUCAUGGUUUAUACUUGUAUGUCUGCUAAGAGUACUGUAGAAAGGAGCAUAUGAAAGUAAUUACCGUAUUUUUCAGAGUAUAAGACGUACCAAGAUUUUGAA